AUGAGAUUCCAAAAAAUCUUCAUCUUUGGGCUCGGCUAUCUUCUCUGCGGUUCUAUUCUCAAGUGUUCCGGAAUAAGGCUGGAGAAUAAUGGAUAUAAAGACACAGUUUUUGCCAUUAACCCUCAAACCCAAUAUAAUGAACAGCUUAUUGCAAAUAUUCAGGAAAUAGUGACUGCAGCCUCCUCCUACCUUCACCGAGCUACCAAACAGCAAGUUUAUUUUGCAGAUGUGAAAAUCCUUCUGCCUCUAACGUGGCCAGUAGGUUCCCACCCGGUUCAGAGUCCGACGACUCAAUCCUACGAGAAGGCGGAUGUGAUCAUUGCUGAACCAAACCGUAAAUACGGAGAUGACCCAUACACCCUUCAGUAUGGCGGAUGUGGUGAGAAAGGACGGUACAUUCACCUCACACCGAACUUUAUACUGAACAGCAGCCUGGCUUCAGUUUAUGGACCGAAAGAUAGAGUAUUUGUUCACGAAUGGGCUCAUCUUCAGUGGGGAGUUUUCGAUGAAUAUAAUGAACUAGUGCCCUUCUAUUUACAUGAAGGAACCAGUGAAGUAACAAGGUCGGACAACAUUGAAAAAUGUCUCCUGUGUUAUCUUGCUGCAGAUUGGAAGAGUCUCCUCUUCAAUGGAGUGACAGCUGUCACCUGCAAUUUCCACAUCUCCAGCUUCCUCCUGCAGGUGGCUGAAUUCUGUGAUGAUAAGACUCACAAUCCUGAAGCACCGAAUAUGCAAAACAAAAUGUGCGACUCCAGGAGCACUUGGGAUGUAAUCAGCAAGUCGCAGGAUUUCAGAAACAAUCGCUCACCUUACAGUGGGUCAGUGACACCAACCUUCACACUGCUACAGGCUAAAGACCGUGUGCUCUGCUUAGUCCUAGAUGUUUCUGGGAGUAUGGACCAGGUGCGAACAUUCCAAUUACUGGACAGACUCCGACAGGAAGUUGGGGGUCUACAGUUUUCAGCCACUGAUAAUAUGGAUGCAAGUGGAUUAAUCGAUGCCUUCUCUCGAUUAGUGAUUGCAAUUGGAUUAAGAGAUCUCUUCUCUGGAAUAGUAGCAGGAAAUGGCGAUGUUAGUAAGCAGUCAAUUCAGCUUGAAAGUUCUGGAACGAAGGUUUACGAUGACAGUUGGUUGAACGGGACAGUUUUCAUCGAUAAGACCGUUGGGAAUGACACAUUUUUUGUCAUUACAUGGCAAAAACAGUCACCGACUGUGUUUGUAUAUGACCCCAGUGGAAAGGUGUAUGCAGCCAGUGAGUUUAAGUUUGAUAACAGUGUGCUUACAGCCCGUCUGAACAUUCCAGGCACUGCACAGGCAAAAUUCAAACAAAUUCACCAAGACCUUCAGUCUACGUGGACGAUCUGGAGGCUGACUUUGGUGAUUUUAACAGGAUCAAAUCUGGAGGAACCUUUUCAGUUCCCAAAGUGCCACCCACUGUUGAUAUUACACCAUGUAAAGUCACAGACCUUCAAGCAACACUAACUCAAAAUAAAGUUAAGUUGGAAUGGACGGCACCAGGAGAGGACUAUGAUCAGGGAGCGAGUAAUUAUGGUAGAAUACUGGUUAUUUAUAUGGAUAUUUUCUUUGUGGGACUGAAUUGAUUUGAUUAUUUGCCAUGUGUUUCUAUGUCCAGUGAAAAGCGUUGUUUGCGAGUAGUACAGGCAGAUCAUAGUAAUCAAGGAGAUACAGAAGAUUAGGUGAAAAAAGCUUGGACAGAGUAGGGCAUAGACAGGUGGUAGAGAAGAUGGACAAGGUUGU